AUGGACAUAGCCCAGGCGCUGGUAGCCAGUCUGGUGCACGCCCCCCUCGAUGGCAGUGGCGGCGGCGGUGGCAACGGCAAUGGGAGCGGGGCCAACGACAGCGUUCUCCUGGCAACGGGAACGGGCGCGGCCGCAGAGCAGCACAACGCCAGCAUCGACGGCGGAAUGGUCCCGUAUGUGCCAGUGCUGGACCGCCCCGAGACAUACAUUGUCACCGUGCUGUACACGCUCAUCUUCAUCGUGGGCGUGCUGGGCAACGGCACGCUGGUCAUCAUCUUCUUUCGGCACCGCUCCAUGCGCAACAUACCCAACACCUACAUCCUUUCACUGGCCCUGGCCGAUCUGCUGGUGAUUCUAGUGUGCGUGCCCGUGGCCACCAUUGUCUAUACGCAGGAGAGCUGGCCCUUUGAGCGGAACAUGUGCCGCAUCAGCGAGUUCUUCAAGGACAUCUCCAUCGGCGUGUCCGUGUUCACGCUGACCGCGCUCUCCGGUGAGCGUUACUGUGCCAUCGUCAAUCCCCUGCGGAAGCUCCAGACCAAGCCGCUCACCGUCUUCACCGCCGUAAUGAUCUGGAUCCUGGCCAUUCUGCUGGGCAUGCCCUCGUUCCUAGUCUCCGACAUCAAGUCCUACCCCGUGCUAACGGCCACUGGCAACAUGACCAUCGAAGUGUGCUCACCUUUUCGUGACCCGGAGUACGCACAGUACAUGGUGGCGGCCAAGGCGUUCAUCUACUACCUGCUGCCGCUGUCCAUCAUCGGGGCGCUGUACAUCAUGAUGGCCAAGAGGCUCCACAUCAGCGCCCGCGACAUGCCGGGCGAGCAGCAGAGCAUGCAAAGUCGCACCCAGGCCAGGGCCCGGCGUCACGUGGCCCGCAUGGUGGUGGCCUUCGUGGUGGUGUUCUUCAUCUGCUUCUUUCCAUACCAUGUCUUCGAGCUGUGGUAUCAUUUCUACCCGACGGCCGAGGAGGACUUCGAUGACUUCUGGAACGUGCUGCGCAUCGUCGGAUUCUGCACGAGCUUCCUGAACUCCUGUGUCAACCCCGUGGCUCUUUACUGCGUUUCUGGGGUCUUCCGGCAGCACUUCAACCGCUACCUGUGCUGCAUCUGCGUCAAGCGGCAGCCGCACCUGCGGCAGCACUCCACGGCCACUGGCAUGAUGGACAACACCAGCGUGAUGUCGAUGCGCCGUUCCACGUACGUGGGCGGGUGCGGCACUGGGGGCAACCUGCGGGCCUCCCUGCACAGGAACAGCAACCAAGGAGGCGGAGGCGGACUGGGAGGCGGUGCUGGACGAGGGGGCAGCUUCCACAGGCAGGACUCAAUGCCGCUGCAGCACGGAAAUGGCCACGGGGCGGCUGGAGGCGGCGCAGCCUCCGGACCUAGCUGCGGACCUGCCGGACGGGCGGUGGCUGUCGGUGAGAAGAGAGUCAAUAGUUAUUGGCAUCCCAUAAAUGGGGACUCCAAACGCUCCAAUCUGACCCCGGGCCCGGGCGGAGGAGGAAGCUGUCCAUCCGCGGGCCUGGCAGCCGUCCGACCUAUCGCCCCCCUUAAUCACAACUGGACGGCCCGGCAGAUAAUUCCGAAGCUGGGCAGAUCCGGACUGCGGGGACCAAAGUGCGGCAGUUCAGCCGGCGCAGUCGAACUCAAAGGGCAUCUGAUUUAUGCCAACGCAACUGAGUUCCCAUCCGGAGCACACGUGAGCACACUACCUCCGGCAUUCGCCACAAAUGCCGCACUGAUUUGCAGGCAAAUGGGCCCCGGAGUGGACCUCAGAUGUCCAUCGCACAAUUAG